AUGCGAUUCGGCUCCGGUGCGUGCCGAGCCGCAGCAACGCUCUCCUCUGCUCGACGGGCCUUGCGGACGGCAGACGGAGCCGGCUCUCGCCCGCCCACGACGGCGGCUGACGGAUCGACGACAGACAAGCCGACGCCGAGCGCAACAAGUAGCGUUUCACCCACGCAGGAAGGCGUCGACAAAUUGCACCUUCGACCACCACCACCAGCAGCAGCAGCAACACAGACGCAGCGGUCAGGGAUGAACAUGGAUGUGGCGUUCGUGGAGGACUCUCCACCACCAUCGACAGCAGCAGCACCUGCCCCGCUGCGACCACGACGCCGCCGGCCGAAGUUUUCAUUCCUCAGCGACCCAAGUGAGCGCCCCUCACGCAACGAGCUGACGGAGCAAGUGGUGCCAAACAACACACCGAAGUCGCUGCUGCCCAUGUGGGCGUCAAGUCUUACUUCGCCCAAGUUGGGCAAGCAGCGUCUCGUCGCGGAGAACUGGAUCUCUACUGAUUCCAUGGGGACGCUGCCCGAAGCGAGUGUAGCCGAUUUUAUGGCGUGGCUGCGUGAGCGGCUUCUGGACCGCAUACAUGCGCCUUUCCUGCGGCAGCUGGAGGAGAAUGUCGAGUUGCACUUACGGUUGCAAUAUGCACGGGGUGUGAUUGCACGCAAGCCGUUUCGCGCGGGUGACGUCAUUUUCGCACUCCCCCUUACUGACGCAUCCCUCGACGAGGUGGCGCGUGACGACAGCUCCACGGUUGCCGCGAGGAGUCCAACAUGGGGCCUCGUUCUCAACUCGGAGACCCUCCAGCGCCACUCGGUGGCGGCGCAACGCCGCGGUGUGCCGUCGUACGCAACAGUGGAGGCAGCUGUCUGCAGUAGGAAGUCCUCCUUUGACCCGGUGCCACACCCCUUGUUUGUGGAUCAGUUGUACUGCGCCAUGCUUCUCGCCUGCGAGAGAGCAGAUAGAGAGCGCAGUCCACUCUAUCCGUACCUGCGACUGCUCUCUCCGUUCGAUGAUGAUUUUAUUCGAGAGCUCCACUUGGGUGUGCUCGACCCCGGCACACACCUUGAGUAUAGCGAUCACUGCAACAGAUUCUCGCAUUACCUGCGGCAGAUUCAUAAAAGGUGGGAAGAGGAGUACAAUAUUGCCCGCCACAUUGAAGAGACGUGCCGGUCCUCCACUGAACCUGCAGCAGUAGCUGCUGAGGGUGAGGCGAGGGACAUGAAGAGUACGGCACCGUUCUGCUCCGACGAGGUGAGACACCGGCAGCCGCCACCCUCCAUGCAAGAUCUUACGUGGGCCUUCCGUGUUGUGCUAUCGCGCCAGCGUCUUCUCCCACUGCGGAGUCAUGUGGCCCCUUUGGAGCCCAUUUGCACGGAGGAAAAGCGAAUGCAAAAUCAUGAUGAUAUAUGGACGCGUAUUGUAAAAAAGAUGCGAUUGGGAUUUAUGGACAAGGCACUUGGUGUGGUGGAUCACAAGCGUCUGCGCGUGAACGACUUUGAUCCGCGCACCAUUGCGUCCGUGUUGCCCGUGCUGGACAUGCUGCAGCACCCGCCUGGUGGUGUGCCCAACACGAACAUGACUGUUCAACAGAUUCCGUGUGCGAGUAGUGAGGCAGCAGGUGACAGUGGGGAAGACACUCGAGAAGGGGUGCCGUGCGUUGUGAUUCGCGCCUCCACUGAGAUUGACGAGGGUGAUGAGCUUACGUUGCUCUUCCCCCGCUGCUAUUCCCCCUCGUACACUCUGUAUCGGUACGGAUUCCUCCCGCUGCGCCGCCGCGCAGAUGACGCAGCGGCGCUCUCCCAGGAAGCCGCUGACCAAGACGGUGCUGGCGCGAUGGCGGAGCCGCCCCACACUCUUUCACCAACAGCGCAAACGCCACCCCUCCUCCACGGAAGCAGAGGGGUGGGGGGCGCCUGCAGAAGCAACAGCGAAGGUUUCCGCUAG